CCUUCACAUCCUGUCAAAUUUUGGUAAACAAAAAAAAAAUCGGAAAACGACAAGCAGCAAAAACACCCUUAAUUUUGUAGCUUAUCUUCAUCUUCUAUAAAUUACAUCUCCAGAAGAAAGGGGGAAGAGAAAGAAACAUGGAAAGACAGAAAAAGAUUGUGAAGAAAAGGGUAAUCAAAGUUGGCUCAGAGGAAUCAUGGGAUUACUAUGUUACAAAAGCUUCCUUACAAGGCUGCCCUGCUGUAGUGCAUUUUAGUGCUAGCUGGUGUACACCCUCAAGAACCAUGAGCCCUUUCUUUGAAGAGCUGGCCUUGGAGUACAAAAGUGUUUUGUUUCUAUCUGUGGAUGUGGACGAAGCUAAGGAGGUUGCAUCAAAGUUGGAGAUAAAGGCCAUGCCGACAUUUGUAUUGAUGAAGAAUGGAGCACCUGACCAUAAGCUUGUUGGAGCCAACCCAGAGGAGCUGAGGAAAAGAAUCAAGGCUUUCAUAUAUUGCUAAUAUUAUCUCAAAAGAUAAUAAGAAUCAUAUUUCUCUUCAAUCUUAACCCAUUGAAGUUGAAGUUCAUAUUUCUUCGGUUUUUGCUUGUAUUGAUAUUGCCUUUUAUUUUUUUAUUUUCUUUUAUGAAGAAUAUUAAAAUCAUACCAGAUUCGUUUUGUUUUA